GGCUCCCGCAGGUCCGCUGUCUGUCCGGCGGAGCAGCCCGCAAGCCGUUCCUGGUCCCGCAGCCUGAGCCCAAGAUGGCUACAGUGACCGAUGGAAAAGCUGGAGUCAAAGAUGCCUCUGACCAGAAUUUUGACUACAUGUUCAAACUGCUCAUCAUUGGCAACAGUAGUGUUGGCAAGACCUCCUUCCUCUUCCGCUAUGCUGAUGACACCUUCACUCCAGCCUUUGUCAGCACGGUGGGCAUCGACUUCAAGGUGAAAACCGUCUACCGUCACGAGAAGCGAGUGAAGCUGCAGAUUUGGGACACAGCUGGACAAGAGAGGUACCGGACUAUCACCACAGCCUAUUACCGUGGGGCCAUGGGCUUCAUUCUGAUGUAUGACAUCACCAACGAGGAGUCCUUCAAUGCUGUCCAAGACUGGGCUACUCAGAUCAAGACCUACUCUUGGGACAAUGCGCAAGUCAUCCUCGUAGGGAACAAGUGUGACAUGGAGGAGGAGAGGGUUGUUCCUACCGAGAAGGGCAGGCUCCUCGCAGAACAACUUGGGUUUGACUUCUUUGAAGCCAGCGCCAAGGAGAACAUCAGCGUGAGGCAGGCCUUUGAGCGCCUGGUGGGUGCCAUUUGCGACAAGAUGUCUGAUUCGCUGGAUACAGACCCCUCGGUGCUGGGCGCCUCCAAGAACACCCGUCUUUCUGACACCCCACCACUGCUACAGCAGAACUGCUCAUGCUAGGCGAGGUCUACCCUCCUGACCCCCUUCGUUGUGGCCCCAUAACCUCUCUGCUUCUCCCCCGUUAUACUCUGUCCACUCCCAGCCCCAAGCAAGCUGAGCUGUUGCUACUGUUGUCUGCCUGCAGUGAGGUAAAAGCCAGCCCCUGCAGUGCUCUGCAGAUGGGUCCACUUAAAAGACACUCAGCACCAAGGGGACAGCACAGGCCACGACUAGGGUGGAGAGUCACUUUCCAUUAGAUGUCUCUGUUUUACCAAAGGGAAUCACCGCAGCAGAUUGUUCACAAGCCAGUCUCUUUUCUGUCUAUCAAUUAAGAUUUCCUUCAUUUGCCAAAAUUUCACACACACACUUUUCCAAAACUGGCCAAUUGUAAAGUGAAGCCCAUCUCCAACAGCCAAUCAUAUUAACGAGAGUGCUUGUUUCAUGUCAGGCUCCCUGGGGAGCUUCCUCUCACCACAGUUCAAGCUUUGGCUCUCCACACCUUAUGCCUGUUACCAGGGAUGUCCACCGGGCUUGGGUGGUUGCUGUGGUGACAGGCCAGUGCUUAUCUCCAGAGAGCCCAGACUCUCUAAUGAUGCUGAAGGAGCAAAGGCUUAGUCAGAUCCACACUUAAAAGAAAGAGAUUAUCCUCUGCCAAAUGUCAAAGGUUCCUGCUAUGUGAAAGAGCAAGCCAGUGAGCUCAACAAAAAAAAAAGAUAGAAAAUGAGACAUACAGGCAAGAUAAAGAAACCGGUCAGGAAUUUCUGACUUUGCGCCUUUCCAGCUGGCCCAUAACUACGGGAAACUGAAAUUGUUUCUUAGGCACCCAGCAAUGCCAACCUUUGUGUCUGAUGAGUUGUCAUCCGGCAUCUGAACGAAAUCUCUAUCUUCGGGUCCCGAGGGGAGCUCAUUGCCUGCACCACUUGGAGGGCAGCUCUCAUAAUCCAAGUGUUUUCCUUGUUUUAAGCUGAUACCCGCCUCCUGGAAACUCUUUUCCCUUUGCCCACCCCGCUUGUGUCAGUUCUUCUGAGACCUCACAGGCUCUACCCCCUCUGCCCAGUGACAUGCUUAAAGGUUCUGUGAACAGAUGCCUGGCCUUUCUCUCGAUUAAACAGCACUAAUUCCAUCUGCUACUAUUUAUCCACGGAGUUUUCUUUCCAUCCUGUCCCUUUCCGCCAACGUAUUGUGGUCACGUUAGUGGUCCCACGGGAUAAAUGUGACUCAAAGUAGGAUGAUUUAAGGGGAUAUGGCUCUCAACAAAUAUGGAACUAGAGGUCCUAAUCCAAAUUCCCUUGC